GGAAGAUCCGGGAAGGUUAGGGGACAGGAAAGACUGGGAGCCGCGCGCAUCAUGAUCCCGACCACCAACGCAUGAAAGCCGAGCGGUUACAUCUUCAGCUCCAGUUCACAUCCAGAGACAGGUAACACGCUUCACACUGACACUAUGUACAUGUAGAAGAGGCAUUUUUGGCGCGAUCAAGCCUAAUGUUUGGAUGGACAGGGUUUCACAACUAGUUUUCUCAGAAAACCGUUAGUUUACCUGGUCUGACCACUACUUGUAAUCGCAUGCGCACUUAUUCCCGUAUGUGACAUUUAUAAGCGAACAAAUGUAAGACUUGGCAACGUUUCCAGGAUCUCCCCUAAUGUUGAACUUGAAACUUAAAUCAAAGAUGAUUUCUUAAUGAUUAAUACUGAUAAAUUAAUGACUUUUCUGACUGUAUCGGCACUUCGUAAGGAGCCGCUGCUCUACCACUGAGCCUUCAUAAAAAGUGCGCCUCAUUAUCAGUGACACCUUUUUUUCGGUCCUGCAUUGCGGGUAGUACUUUUCCACGUCCCCUAAAGAGACAGGACUUCUGUCUGCACGGGGCUGGGUGUGUUCCAAACAAGUCUGUUUUUGGAUAUCUUGGAUUCAGACAAAUUUCCUGUCAGGAAGGGACAAGGAUAUGGCCUGGUCAGCUCCAUUCAAUGGCUGACUCAUCCAGCAGGGAGACAGGAUUUUUCCAAAUAGAAAACGUCAGACUUUAACAUUACACACCCAAGGAGCUACCAGCACACACCCCUUUACUCUGUACAUUGUUUAUGAUUUUAUUAUUUUUUCAUGAUUCUAGUCUGUUGAUAAAACUUUAAAGGUCACAAAGAAAAAUGAGGAGGGAUUGUUUUCUUAUCUAUACCCUGAAAUUACUCUAACUGAAUGGCACACACUUCAUGGCACACACGUCAUUUAUUUGACUUCUGAUGAGCUGUCAGAGUUGUUUCUGUGAUUCAAUCAUUUCAAAAGACAGUCGCUUCAUAAACUGAAAGGGAAAAGUUUGAGCUCUUACCUUCCAGAUGUAGGAAAAGUUUGACCCAGAGUUUUUGGCGUGAAUAGAUGUGAAGAUCUCAUAACAGGCUCAUUGGACUUAGAUAAUAUGUGUCUUGGGAGUUUAUUUUGUUGGAUGUGACAUGUAAAAAGGGAAAUCUCUGGCGAUGUCAAACCUUGGCCCUAGUUUUUCUUACACACUUGGGGACUAUAAGGUCAAAAGGGUUUGAGUUAUUUCUCAAGGACUUUACUUGUCGUACUUUCUUUGCUGCUGAAGAGCCCAGAUCUCUCUCAGUACUUCUAAAUGUUUUAGAGGAGUUGUAAACAGUUUCACAAUAAAGAAAUAUGUAAAAAUAGAGAUAUCGUAAAGCUUUGCUGUAUCUGCUUGGGCAGAUGUAUAGAGCUAUGUGAGGAAAAAGUAUUCAAAUUUGUCUCAACUGAGCCUUUAAAGUAAACCAUCAGUGUAAUGCAUUUUCGAUAUGUAGGCUAUAACUGAUGCUCUUUCCUGCAGCAGUGACACUGAUGUGGAGGGGUCUACACAGAUUUGCAAAACUACAUGGAACGAUAAAAAAUAUAGUCUUUUUAAGGAAUAGCUAACUGUUCAGCAGCGUAUUAAAGUUAAAUGUACAAUGAGGUUAAGUUAGGUGUAAACAGACAGUAUUGGCUUCUCUGAAAAUAUGGAUCAGCAUAUAUUAAGGAUAAUGUAUAAUGAGCAGGUGGUUAUAUAGAAUCCUCCUGACACUUAGGAUAAGUUUAUGGAUUAGGAAGUUUAAGAUUAAGUUUAAUAUUUAUGUCUACAUGAAUGUCAACAUUAGCAUGAUUUACUGAUCACAUCAAUUACACAUUUACAUUAGUGGAAAUGCCAAAACAUUGGCAUUUUUCUAUUGGCAUUCUUAACAGUUGCAGAAAAUAGCAACCUCAUGAGGUUCCCUGUAACUUUUCUACAGGCAUAUUCUUCCCAUUCAACCAGUCCUGUAAUUUUGCCAAAGCCCACACUGGGUUGUGGUUGUAUUUACUUUGUGUGUUUUCUUCACUUUGGUCAAUGUCUCUUUUAAUAAGUGCCUUGUGUUUGGUUUUCCCACUUCUUUUCUUGUUUUCUUUGCUAUUGAAUUGUCAGACAUUGGCCACAAAUCUAAUGGUUAAAAUUGAGAGAAGUAUUGUAGCUGUUCCCUUUUUUGUUUACCAGUGCUAACAGACUGGGAGAGGUGAAAACAUUAACACAAACUAAAUGUUUUUUUGAUUGAUUUGAUACAUGUGUCACUAGGUUGGUGCUCUCACUAUCAACAAUUUUGAACCCUCGUUAAGGGCUUUUGACCAACCAGAUUCACGUAUUCCCAGUGGGGUGAUAGGUGAGAAAGCUUCACUACAGGCCAAAAGUUUGGAAGCAAGGCCAUUACAGGCUGAACAAUUGGGAGUAACUUCAAGUUUUUAUUCACAAUGCUUUUUUUAAAAUCCAGCAUGAGUUUUAUGUAUUGUGGGAUGUAUUUACUCCAUGAUCAGAUGUUGCCUUCAUGGAAAUGCACCAUUUUACUCCAUUUACCUUUAGAUAUACAUUGAUGUUAACAGACCAUUGCUAAAUAUAUGUCAGCAAAAGAUAAUAAGGGCUUAGUUUUAGGGUUGAAAACAUUUGCAAGAGUCACAACUUCAGUUCAAAAGCAAAAAAACAAAUCACAGUUGGAUUAUUCACUUCAACUUUUUGGCUUUUGAGAGUCUGCAUACAAAAAUCCUAAUAAAUCUCAACUGUGUUCAAACUACCGCAAAAAUGGCUAAAAAGGAGCAACUGAGUAAAGAAACAAAAGUACAGAUUUGUACCUUGAGGAAAGAAGGAUACACAGAAAGAGAAAUUGCAAAACGCCUAAAGGUGUCUAACAAAGGAGUCAACUACACUCUGAAGAGACUAGAGGAACCUGGAAGUUAUGAUGAUAGAAAAAGGCCUGGACGAAAGAGAGUUACUACAAAAGCAGAGGCAUUGUAAACAUAGCAUGGUCACCAUUAAGAGAGAUCGGCAAAAGACAGCACCACAAAUAAGGGAGGAAAUCAACAUGACAAGGUCGAAACCCAUAUCUCUGACAACCGUGAAAUGAUGUUUGAGAAAGGCUGGUCUGAAGGGUUGUGUGUCUGCAAAAAAACACUACUUCAUCCACAGAACAAGAAAAAGAGAUAUGAGUGGGCAAAAGCUCACAAAAAAUUGGCCUAUGAUGACUAGAAACAAGUUCUCUGGACCGAUGAAAGCAAGUUUGAACUGUUUGGUUCAAAACCCAGAGUCUAUGUCUGCAGACAAACUGGUGAACGUCUGAAAGCACCAUGUGUUACACCCACAAUUAAGCAAGGAGGUGGUAGUUCCAUGGUAUGGGGAUGAUUUGCAGGUGAUGGAGUAGGAGAUUUUUUUGAGGAGGUUACUUUAAAGAAAGCAAAGUCUAAGCAACAAUAACUCAAAUACCUAAUAAUUAUAGUCAAAGUGUCUUCUUAUAAGUUACUCUUUACACAAUAGUUAUGUUUAUUGUGUUGCAAAUUAUAUAUAUGAAACUAUAAUCUUUUUUUGUACAAAUCUGAUCUUGCUUCCAAACUUUUGGCCUGCAGUGUAGAUAGCAAGACAAAACAAUGCACUUUAUUUUUACAUUUAUUUUUGCAUGUAAUACAAAAAUCACAAAUGUUCACACAGCAUUUCUGUUAACUAGGCCUUUCAUUUUUGAACGACACAGCAGGCCACGUAAUGCCACACAGGCAUUAGAAAUAGGACGCUUGCAGCUGUGGUAGUAAGCACUUUACUACCUGCACAGAGUGUUAGCACAGAGCAGCAUCAGGGAAACUGCUGCAUCACAUUUUGUGCUGCUGCUGUAAACAAAGACAGGUCCUUGACAGAUUAAUAGUUCACACUAUUGCUCAAUCCAAACAAGAAAAGAGCAGAGGUCUGGUUCAGUUCAGUUCUGUCAGUGAAUGUAUUCAUCAUGAAGCCAAUGUACAGUCAUGUAGCUCGCUUAGACUUUGAAGUUGCUUUCCAAACAUCGGUCACAAGCUCUACAAAAACAGUCAAUCUAAUGACUUUCAAACGAUUAUAACUGUGCAGCACUUUAAACAGACCCUAGUUCUGUAGAAACGUGUUACAUUUACUUUAGUACUUGUUCAACAAUAACAAAGCAAAAAAGGUGCAAAAGUUUAUGAGACUAGACCAUGCUAACCUGCUAAUUUAAGCAGGCAUGUUUAUAGGGCUGCAACUAACGAUUAUUUUGAUAAUCGAUUAAUCUGCCGACUAUUUUAAUAACUAAUCGAUUAAUCGGAUAAACAGGCUAAAUUCAUCAAUGCAGCUGUUAAUAGCAAUAGCAUAGGGCUUUAGUUUAUCAUAUGAGUUUAUAUGCCAUGAGGUGUUGAGGUCUCUGCAUGUGAAGGUUACUGACUUACUGUAAUCAUCGGGUCUAUCUCGUCUUCUUCUGUAGUCAAACCGCAAGAUAUCAAAAUCUACCCGGAUACAGCAAUGCUGCUUUUUGAUUGGCUGUUCAGUAGAUAUACUUUAUUUGAUUGGCUUGCGCGUGGCACGCAGCUUCUGAACUCUCGGAGAAACUCAGUUGAUUUCCCCCUGUUCCAUAGUUAAAGAGGUGCAACUUGGUGGACAUCACCGUGUUCAUUUAAAUGCGUGAGAAGUGUGGUGUGUGAGUGUGUGAACGAGUGGGAAUGCGUGUGUCAUACGCUGAAUGCGUGAGACUUGAGAGCCCUGUGCUCACGCAUCAUCGAUGUACUCCCGUGCCAUGCAAAACUGGCUUUGCAAAUGUUGCACUGAACGCCUUCCUUUUCAGUCUUGGUAAAGUUUUCCCACACCAUGGGUUGUGUCCAUGUUUUUCUCAGCCGCUGCCUCGGCCAUGGCUGUUUCUUUUCUGUGCGUCCUGCUGAUGUUUACACGCCGGUGUCCAUGGACAUAUAUAAAGACCCGACGAAUCGAUUACAGAAUUAGUUGGCAACGAAUUUUUUCGUCACAACGAAUCGACUUAAUCGAUUCGUUGUUGCAGCCUUACAUGUUUAAGUAGUCCAUCCUCUGUGUUCAGCACGUUUGUCAUAUUUUGUAUAUUUUUUGUACAUGAUUAUUUUUUCACUACAACAUUUCAGAACAGGACUUGAAGAAUAGAAAGGUUUCAGUCUAGCUAGUGCUAUGUUUGACAAUAACCCUGACCACUUUGCCUCAUGCUAGUUUGUAACCGGCUCCUGUACACUCUUAGCUUUCACCAGCUGCAAAUAACUAUAGGGUGAUUUCAAGUAUGACAGUAUAUCGUUUCAGCAAAAUUUCUGCGUUUGUGGCUGGCUCCAUUGCUUCCUUGUAGGUUUUAGUCAGGACUGUAUGAUUUAAAUCAAGAAACUACAAAAAGUUUUAUAAAGACAUUCACACAGGCCCAAGAAGAUCAUAGUGAGAAAAACUUUUUGGUGAUCUGUGAACAGCUUCUUGUAGGUUUUUUUUUUUUGACAUUUUAUUGUUUGCAGUGCAAGAAAUCUUGUCUUCCAGGUGACUUUUCUGUCAUAUACCCUCCAAUUGACAAGUGCCUUUCGAGUUGCAACAGGGAAGUACAUCCAAUGAUCAAAACACUUAAUUUUACAGCGUAGUAUCUUUUUAAUGUACGAUAAGUCUUUUUUUCACAUCCAUUCUUUUUCUGUCAAGGUUUUGCUAACCAUCCAGCUUCCUAGCUACGCAUUUACACGAUUCAGCUUCAGCUGUAUACAUGGGGGACAGCCAUGUACAUUCCCAACUGUAUUAUGUAGGUAUUUUAGUAGACUGACUAAUUGUAAUAGUGGCAAAACCCUCAGAAAGUAACCAUGGUUAGCACAUUUGGUCAUGUGCCAGGUUAACCAAACACAGCCUUUACACAAUUUUGUCUCAUUUUCUAGAUCAAAAUACUGCUAAACUGUCCUGCAGUAUGCCAUCUGACUUUUUUCCUUAUUUAUAUUUGGGUAGUCGAGCAUUUUAGUAUUAUAGUAGUAGCUGUGAAUAUAAAAUAAAGCCCCACCUUGUGGCUCGUAGUUUAGACACAAUACACUGUAUGACCAGCAUUUGGGGUCUGAUGGGAGUGUGCUUUGUUUGUCCUGAUGUUUGUGUAUUCCUUAUAUAUCUGCAAAUGGGACAUGAAGAUUUAAAGGGUUUUUGGGUCAUUCUUUGGUGGGACAUGAAAGUAUUAAACUUAGACUUCUCUGAGCGCUUUAAAACCAGAAUACCCAUUUACUUUGACUUUAUCCAUGUUGUUUCAUCCCUUUACAGCCAAACUAUUUCCACUUUGUGUCGUCUGUAAAUAAUGUGGGAUAAUUUCCUUAUCUUGUGGCAGGCAUCAUGAUUCCUGUGAUGGAAUUCCGGCAGUUCUCUGAACAGCAGCCAGCGUUCAGAGUCCUAAAGCCAUGGUGGGAUGUCUUUACCGACUACCUGUCUGUGAUCAUGCUAAUGAUCGGUGUCUUUGGAUGCACUCUUCAGGUCAGUAAUCAUUCCUCACUAUGACGUGUCUACUAAAAGGGAACAAGCUAAUGUGCUCCAUGAGGGUUAGUAAUGGCUUGUGCUACAUGUUUGCUCUUUUCAAUCAUAACCACCACAUUAAAAGUGAAGGACAAAUGUAGCUGAUGCACACUAAUGUAACAUGAGUUUGUACUGUAAUAUGCGUAUGAGGUGAAAGGAGUUGUACUAUUUGUUCCCAUUAAUUUUAAAGUAAUUGAAUUUAUGAGUAAGUCUAUAGGCUCUGUGAUGCUGCAUUACUGCUGUGCCUCCUGCUUUGGCAUCAGCUCAGAACCUCUAAUUCGCUGCUUUUACAACCUGGACUGCAUGCAGCAAAGGAAGCAUUCAGCCCAUCGGGAGGUUACCAGUGGAAACAUUUACCCACCCAGCCCCUUUCAGUAAACACAAGAUCCCACUUCUUUCACUGCACUCUCCUUCUCCCUCUGGAGUUGGAAUGUUUUUUGGCCACUGCAAUACUCUGUAGUGUAAACUCUGGAAAUUAUCCCAAAAUAUUUUGAGAUAAUCUAUUAAAUGGUUUUCAUCAGAGCAGGAAAAGACAUUGUUUUGAACUUGCUCUAAAACAAUAUUUGGAUGUGAUCUAAUGGUUGGUGAACUGAACGGGUAAUUAAUUAUGUAGCCGAGUUUACUUUCCACUGCAGGACACUAUCAACAUGCCCUUUCCUUCAGCCUCAUACUUUAAUCCCAGAAGAAAUACAGAAAGGCACUAAGUUUGUUAAAUCCUGCAGGAAAGCUGCUCAGAGACCUCAUCGUACCUGACUUUGUAUUUUAAUGAUAUGCUGCAGCACAACUGCAUUGCUCUCACCUCAGUAACACUGUCAUCUUAUAUCCACUACAAAUCAAGUUCUGUAAUACGAGAACAUCCCCAGACCAUGUUUAAUUAUCAUGUGCAUGCAGGAGUAUCAGGAAGUUAAAGACAUUUCACAAAAUGUCCCAUUAGUGCUAACUCCAGGCCUGUUAUCAUUAAAUAAAAGUGCCCAUGUCCUGCUGUUUAGCAUUGCAGUGUAGCAGCUGUGUUUCACUAUUUACAGAAGAUGUAAAUAUUGUUAGCUUUUGGCCAGGAUUACGAAAGCUUAUUUUAGCUUGUUUAACCUGGCAACUGAGAGAAAUCCUGUUCCAAAAAAGGUUUAUACCCCUGUAAGUUCUUGUAUACAGAGUGUGAGCACAGAUUAUCCCCUGAAAACACUGAAUAUAUGAAGAGAAGGAAAAUAAUAAAGAAACUCUUAAAUAAAAGCAUCGGCUGUAUGACUGGGGUGACUGUAAGCUUUUAAGUAUGAAAAGGGGCACCUUAACUUCCUCUAGCUUGCAUCGUCUUCAUUAAAUUGCAGGGGUAACCUAAUGGUGGCAGAAAGAAGAUGAACGUGCGCAGCUGAGGUGUGUCCAGAGGGUGGCGUGGGCUUUUUUGAAGUCUGAUUAUUAGAAUUUUAAUAUUGCACGUUUUAAUUUGUGGGGCUGUCAAAUGAAUAUUCUAAAUUUGAAUAUAUAUUUGAAUACUUAAAAAAGCAAGAUCCAAAUGUGAAAAUUGACUUUCACAUACUAAAUAAACAGUGGGAAAAAAAAUUAAGUGGGAAAAAAAUGGAAAACAAAAAAAAAAACAGUGGCUGCUUUGCGAGUGAGCGCACUGUAACGCUAGGUCAGGGACAGGUCACAGGAGCUGCACCUGCAGUGAGACUCGACAAAAACCGUCUGUGGCACACGCAGAGAGAGAUGUCAGGAUGUUCAGAGCCAAACUUGGAGAGAGUGGUCUGGACUCCAAUGAACUUGUAAAUUUUUCGGAUUUUGGGCAGACACGGUAGACAGAAAAAUGCUGAGCAAGACAAAGUUAUAUGCAAACUGUAGAAGCUAGAUAUUUGAAUUUGAUCAAACUUAUGGGCGCCAGCGGCGCGGCGUUAGGGUGGCGCACCCCACGCAGUGGUGUUUUUGUCUGGCGGAGCCUGACGCACAGCCAGUUUGGUAUUUUCGUAGACUGAGGCGCACCGAGGUCUGCCAAGCUGGGCGUGGUGGUGUGGUAGGGGGAGGUGUCGACAGAAUCAGCUGGAGCAGGGACAUUUUCGUGCUCGCUGGCGGUGUGGAAAGUGUGCUGAAAGCUCGCCGAUUCAAAGGUGCUCUCCUCACCUGGAUUUAAAGGUGAGGAGAGGAGCUGAUGUGAUUGGUGAAAACAGGACUCAGCUGUGUUAAACCCACUCCGCUCACCAAAAUACCAAAAUGUGCUUGGGCAUGCCUUAUCAGCGCGGCAGACCUGACUUACUUAGAACGAGUAUUCAAACAUCAUUUUGAAACAAUUUUGACAGCCCUAUUCAUUUGUGUGAUUCAAGUUGAUAAACACUUUUCCCAGCUAUUUCAUUAGACAGGGCUGUAAGAAAAGAAUCUGUCCAAAAAAUGCCACUAAAUGUAUUUUUGACAAAAAGUAUGCAGGAAUUUUUUGUAUUAAAAAAUAAGUGACAAAAGUUUUCUUUUUGAGCCUUUUUCCAAAAGUUGAAUAAUUGUACACAUUAGUAUAAUACCUGUCUGAUAGCAUACUGCAAGGAGUUUAAGUAUAUAUGAUUAGAGUAGAUGACAGGAUAAAUAUGUUACUCAUAUGUGUCUGCACAUGUAUGUCAUGCCUAUGUCUUUAAGAAUAGAGAACUUCCUUUUGUCUUCAAUAUUUACUUCAGUCUAAGUUAAUGGUCUCAAACUGUUUUAAGUUCCCUGGAAAAUAGUUUGUUUUGUAAAUCAAAGCUCCUGUGUGGAACUUUCUGUUUGUCCCAAAUAUUGUGCCCCCCUGUGGACGAAGCAGUCUUAGCAGGUUUUGUCCUGUCCACAUGUAUUUAGGGUUUUGUGACAAGCAAAAUCUCUCUUUACUGUCUUUUUACAGCCAGCUGUACCACUUAUUGACGAUCUUAAGGUAACAUGCAGUUAUUUACUUUGUGUGACACCUACCUCUAACCGUGUCCAAAAAGUCAGGCUUCUUGUUAUUGGCCUCGAUAGAUUUGUAGGUCAUGAAGACACAUCAUUAUUCGUUUCAGUCUGUUUUGCAACCACCCAAAAAUCCUCACUGGAGUAUUGAAGGUCCCUAUUAUGGCAUUUUUCAUCAAGUUUAAAUCGGUCCCAGUAUAGUAAAUUUGAAGUUUGUUUUUUGUGGAUAUAAGCCAGCCUGUGCCCCCUCUUUUUGAGCUCCGGGCUGAUACUGCACCUGUACCUUUAACUGAUAAUGAGCUGUGUGCCCCUCUCUGGAAGGGGCUGCGGCUUUCGCUCCGAUACUGUGCGCUAAUCUUUACAGCCUGUGCAGUGUGAUGGCUCAUAGAAUGCUGUGGUCCAGCCCUACCUAUCUGACCCAGAGUCUGACCAAGAGGGAGAGGUUCCCGAAGAGAGCCAAACUCUGCUAGGUGGGUUAGCUUAUCUGACGGCUGACGGCUCUGCUGUCUCGUCGUUACUUGGAGCUCUUUUGGUGAAUACCUAAUAUUUUGAAAAGUGGAAUAUUAUAGUUAUCUCUCGUGACUAACGCCAUUUGGUGUCUGUCUGUCCGUAAUGUCCAGCUUCGUGCAAAAAGACGGAUGGAAUGAUAGGAUAGGAUGGACUAAAUGCUCCAUCCAUCUCCGUUUCCGUCUUCAAGGAGGGAGCUUAUGUAGUUAUGUCGUCAUAACCGCACAGCUUUUCCAUUCACCCGUUUGCGCUCAUGUUUUCAGAAAGAAGGGGAACGCAAGAGAGGGGGAGAAUGAAAUUUUUUCAUGUCGAGGGGGUGGGUGAGGGGUGGGGGUAGGGUUGUCAGCUUCGAGAGGAUGCAAAUUAUUGGUAGAAAACCACCCAAAAGUGGAUUUUUCAUAAUAGGGGACCUUUAAGGUUCCAUUUAGAGUAAAAAAGAAGGGAAAGCAUGGAUGUCUUGGUAUUGACAAGUUGCUACGAAUGUGACAUCUUGACAGUGUUGUAUCGUAAGUAAGUAGCAAUAUUUAAGUACAAGUACGUGACACUUACUUUUACUUGGCUACAGUUCUAAAAAUGAAAGUAUACUUUUAUUGUCCGCAGCUGCUUGUAAGCUGUUGCUUGCACAAACCUAAAUGUCCAGUGUUCUGUCCUAAGUUCCUUCUUGACUGUAGGAGGAUGCACUAUUGAUUCUCCUGAUUGGUGGUGGUAUGUGUGCGUGCCCCUCUCCGUGUGUGUCCAUUUAUUCUUCUGAGCUGUUGCUUGCACCCACCUGAAAUGUGUGCUUAUUUGGGCAUACGUGACUUUUGCAAAAAAUUAGAAUUUAUUUAUUUGUACUUUUACUUUGACUUUCUACUUUUAAUUAAAGUACAUUUACUUGAGUACUUUUGAUACUUCAGUAGAGAGAAUGUGAUAUACUUUGAGACUUUGACUGGAGUAGAAUUCUCAUGGGAGAUUUUCACCUUGACUUGUCAUUUUCUGGUAAGGUAACUAUACUUUAACUCAAGUACAUUUGAUUCAUACAACACUGUAUCUUAAGCAGCAGUGCAUAUCCUCCCAAGCUCCAUCCACUUAUCCACAAAUGACUCCUGGCAUUUGCAUUGUUUUAGGCUUUAAAAUGUGAGCUUGGUUGAUUCAGAGGAAGCUGUGAUGAUGCUGUUAGUAUGUUUAUAUGCACAGUUACAGCUCAAAUAGGCAAUUUAACUCCUUACCUUGUUGCAGUCUCCAUAUGCUGGGCAAGAAGUGAUUUAUUGACUAAAGUAUGUCUGUCUCCACUGCAGUAGGUGGCGAUAGAACUGUUGGGCACAUCAUGUGACAAAUGAUUUAGCAAGAGGGUAGUGACCUUUAUGACAAGAUUAAAAACAGAAAACUUUCAUAUGUAUGAUGCGACAAUUUGUCAUUUUUAUGUCUCUUCUUUUUUUUCUGAGAUUUUAUUUUUGACUUGGUUUCCUACAGUGAACUUUUGCUCUUCAAAGUACAUCAUGCAAGCUGGACUAUGCACAGAAUACCUAGGCUUUUUUCAAUCCCAUUGAGGCAUACAAGGAAAAGAAAAUCCAUCAAACCCCAACCAUACAAUUAAGUAUGUCAGUCUGACUAAGGGAAAUUAGACUAAGUGCAAUUUCACUUGUGCAAAUCCAGUACGAACAAAAGUUCACUAUAACCGUGGUUACUGGGAUGCAUGUUAACUCAAAAGUUGUUUUAAAGUGUGUGAAUGCCUCCUUAAUAAAGUUGCUGAUCUCCUUUUUCAUGUUAUCUUUCUCUUAUCAUUUUAGGUCAUGCAAGAUAAAAUCAUCUGCCUUCCUCAGAGAAUGUCAUCACCUUCAGAAAACAGAAGUGAAGCUGAAGUGGAGCCGAAGUCAUUGUUUCAACUGCAAUCCAAUAUCUCAGCCACACCAAGAGAAAUGACGGGCCUGAAAACUGAUCUGGAUCUGCAGCAGUACAGUUUCAUCAACCAGAUGUGCUAUGAGAAGGCUCUGCACUGGUAUGCCAAGUACUUUCCUUAUUUAGUCCUCAUACACACAUUGGUUUUCAUGGUGUGUAGCAACUUCUGGUUCAAAUUUCCUGGCUCAAGCUCUAAAAUUGAGCAUUUUAUCUCCAUGCUUGGCAAGUGCUUCGAUUCUCCCUGGACCACGAGAGCUUUGUCUGAGGUGUCUGGAGAAAACCCUGAAGAGAAAGACCAUAAAAAGAGUGCUACUACUAAGUCCAACAUCCCUGUGUCCCCUGGAGAAGAAAUUUUGGAGAAGACACAGUCUCUUAGGUCUAUCCCUGAAAAGAUAGUAGUUGAGAAGCCAUCAGCAAGUGUUCUUGAUAAAAAGGAGGGGGAACAAGCUAAAGCUCUUUUUGAGAAGGUGAAGAAGUUUCGUUUACACGUUGAGGAAGGAGACCUCCUCUAUCUGAUGUAUGUCCGCCAAACAGUGUUCAAGGUGAUUAAAUUCCUCCUCAUCAUUGCUUAUAACAGCUCUCUGGUGAAUAAAGUGAGGAAUAGAGUUCGCUGUCAGGUUGAGAUCCAGGACAUGACAGGCUACAGAGACUUUGAAUGUAACCACACCAUGGCUCACCUGUUUUCAAAGCUGUCUUACUGUUACUUGUGUUUGGUGGCUGUGUAUGGAUUAACAAGCCUUUACACCUCCUACUGGCUGUUUUACCGCUCACUGAAGGAAUACUCCUUCGAGUAUGUGCGACAGGAAACAGGGAUAAACGACAUCCCGGAUGUGAAGAACGACUUUGCCUUCAUGCUGCACAUGAUCGAUCAGUAUGACCCACUGUAUUCCAAACGAUUUGCAGUUUUUCUGUCUGAGGUCAGUGAGAACAAACUGAAACAGCUCAACUUAAACCACGAGUGGACAGCAGAGAAGCUGCGCCAGAAACUCCAAACUAAUGCCAACAACAGGCUUGAACUGCAGCUCUUCAUGCUCCCCGGGUUGCCUGACACUGUUUUUGAGUUGACAGAGCUGCAGUCACUCAAGUUAGAGAUCAUCAACAAUGUCACCAUCUCUGCCUCUGUCUCCCAGCUGGAGGACCUCCAGGAGCUGUCUCUUUACCAGUGCUCUCUAAAGUUGCACACAACAGCUACCUCCUUCUUUAAAGAGAACCUUAAAGUGCUCCGUGUGAAGUUCGAUGACAACAGGGAACUUCCACACUGGAUGUAUGGCCUGCGCAACUUAGAGGAGCUCUAUCUCACUGGAUCUCUGAGCCCUGAUGCCUCCAAGAACAUAGUCCUUGAGUCACUGCGGGAGAUGAAGUGUUUAAAAACCCUCUCCCUUAAGAGUAAUUUGACCAAGAUACCCCAGUCUAUUGUAGAUGUUUCAAGCCAUCUGCAGCGCCUGUACUUGCACAAUGAUGGCACGAAGCUAGUGAUGCUCAAUAACCUGAAAAAGAUGUCCAACCUGAUUGAGUUGGAGUUAGUGCGUUGUGAUCUAGAGCGCAUCCCACAUGCAAUCUUCAGCCUGACAAACCUGCAAGAGCUUGACCUUAAAGAAAAUAACCUGCGAUCGAUAGAGGAGAUCAUCAGCUUCCAACACCUUCGAAAACUGAUUUGUCUCAAACUUUGGUACAAUGGCAUCAUGUACAUCCCAGAGCACAUCAAGAAACUCGGAAGCCUGGAGCGCCUCUACUUCAGCCACAACAAGAUUGAGAUAUUGCCUUCACACCUGUUCUUAUGCAACAAGCUGCGCUACUUGGACCUGUCCAACAAUGACAUCCGGUUCAUUCCCCCAGAAAUCGGAGUCCUUCAGAGUCUGCAGUAUUUCUCUGUCGCCUGUAAUAAACUUGAAAAUCUCCCAGAUGAGCUCUUCUUCUGCAAAAAGCUGAAAACACUAAAGCUCGGCAGAAACUCACUCUCCAUCCUCUCACCAAAAAUUUCCUACCUAGCUCUGCUGACCUACCUGGAUCUCAAAGGCAAUCACUUUGAGCUCCUGCCUCAAGAGCUGGGUUGCUGUCGUGCUUUGAAACAUAGUGGCCUUAUUGUGGAAGAGACGCUGUUUGAGACAUUACCUACAGAUGUCAGGGACCAAAUGAAGGCUGAGUGAGAUGCCUUAAUGUAGCCACAGUGUCUGCAGGUUGUUCUGCCUGCAAAGUCAGAGCUUUUAUUUUGUAUCAAGACAGUACCAUAUCGAUACUGUUGAGUAAGUUAAGUUUUAUUUUCUUAAGUGGAUGGAACAUAUAAUGACUUCCUCAUUUGAUGUCACACAGAUUGAAGCUGUAACUAGGAGGCUUGCUUUGUUCAGUUGGUAAUAAUUUACUUUCCAUUUUGCCAGCCACAAAACCUCCUUAAAGUCCCACUCCAAUAUUUUUUUUUUUUUUUUACUACUUAAAGUGUUCUCAGUGGUCUUUAAAAUUGUGAUUAUUAAGUUUUUAGACGAAAAUCACAUUACUGGAGUCAUUUUCUCUUUUUUUUUUUGGGUGAUGUUUGCCUUUUAUUGAUAGAACAGGGUGAAAUGUGGGAGAUAGAGAGAGAGGGGGGAGGAUAUGCGGCACAUGGUCGGGGCUUGACUCGAACCUGCGACCACUGCGGGGACCGUGGUCCCCAUACAUGGGGCGCACUAACCUGCUUUGCCAUCUGCACACCCCCUGAAGUCAUUUUCAAGGACUUGUCUUCUGCAGAGCUCCAGUAGCUCAUUAGCAAUUCGCCUCUGAGGCGUGGGCAGUGGCAGCGCUGCUCUGCACGCUCCUGUUCACGCUAGCUUGUAGCCUAACAUUGCCAGUGCAGCAGAAGUGGCAGGUAAGAUAGGAGCUAUUCAGCUCUCUGCUAAUAAUCUCUUCAGGGGCAUGAUCAAAGUUAAUAUCACAAUUAGCUUUUUUACGAAUAUACAAUCCACUAACGCAUGUUCCGCGAUUGUCCUCUCUAUUUCUCUGAGUCUGGCCUGCAUAGCGGGGCUCUGGGAGCGUAGCAUAGGUUUGUGACAUAGGAAAUCUCACUGAAUCUGAGCCUGCUGUUUGGGUCUGCCAGAGAUUCACGUUAGUGUUGUGUCGUUUAUGAACGUUUCGUUCAAAAGAACGUAACUGCUGAGUGAACAACGUGAACUGGAUCACUCAAAGACCUGAUUUGUUCCUUUCUCUGUUCAGUUGAGCUAAGCCGCGAGCCUGGCAUGCCGGUCGGCAAGGGAGCUGUUGUCUCGGACUCUUUGGCGAACAACACACAGCCAGCCAGCGAGCAGGCGGAGUCUUGUGAUUCACUCACAGCAUAUGAAUGAUAUGUGUCAGUCAGUCAGUAAACAAAAAGUCUGUGAACAACAUGUAUCAGUCAGUGAACAACAUGUAUCAGUCAGACUGUGAACGAAAUGAACGACUUCUGAACGACUUGAGGCAGGCAGAGGAGGGAGGGGUGUAGCGUUGUUCACUUCCUGCCGAGCACCAGUUCAUUCACUGAGGCUAAGAUAAAACAGUGCAUUAUAGUGCCUUUACAUUAAUACACGUGUAUAAACUUUUCUGCAAAAAGGAUUUAAUUUCAGCUGAUUUAAAGCAAUACGCUAUGCGAUAUCUUUAAAAGUAGAAGAAUCCCCGCUCAGCUGUGAUGUUUAUUUGUUUUAAUCUCUCCACUUUUCAGUGAUAUAAAAGAUUGAUGACUCGCGCUUGUUUAGCGGGUGUGCUGCUGUGUUGUUUCCGCUGACAGCGACACACAGAGAAUGGAGUUUUUCAGGGCAGGGGAGUGAUUCUAUCUUCAGAACUUGGCGAAUGAACAACAUGUGUCACCCAGUGAACAAUGCUGUGGCUUCAACAGCAGGGGAGUGGAGGGGCUCGUUCAAUGAACGAACUCACGACUGUGUCACUCACUGGUGUACUGCACUGGCAGGACGGGGCUGCACUGACUGAUUCAGUGAACGAAUCUCUUGAACGAAUCGUUUUAAUGAAGGAUUCUAAAGAUUCAGUACAGUCAAAAGAACUGUUCUUCAAAUCACUAAUUCACAGCGAUUUAAAUGAAGAAAUAAGCAGAAAUGCAAUUUCGCACAGAUUUUUCUCAUGAUAUGUCCUGUAGCAUCAGAAAAAUACCAUAUGAACAUGUAAACAAGAAAAACAUGAUUCUCAUUGGAGUGGGUCUUUAACGGAGACAUUAAGCAUUUGGGAACACUAUUUUAACAUUGAAGGAAUAUUGCCUUGGCUAACUUGCUUGGACUUGCAGAAAAACAAAGUAGAAAUCUUACAGUUUCCUAUAAAAGGGAUAUUUCAGUGUUUUUAAAGUUAAAUAAUGAGUUACAUGUCACUAGUAAGUGUAGCCACAAUGGAUGCAGUUCAAUUCUGCCCCUUAAGUGAGAAACUGCCGGGAGAAUCUGCAAGCAAGCUAGGCUACAGUUUUCUGCAGAGGCAGCAGGGUCAGGUCCAGAAUUUAGCUAACCUCAAAAGAAUGAAACCCAUGUACUCAUCUCAGUUUAAGUGUAUGCUGCACCAAGGAAUUUUUAAGCAUUUUGCUUUGCCAUCAGAAAGCCUAAGAACUAAGACCAUAAUUAUGCAUACAAAAUAGUGAAAACGGGACAUUUACUGUGUAGAUGGCUUUUUCGGCUCUGCUAAUCUAAAUCCUGACUGUUGAUGAAGUUGGUUCCAUACAAUGGCAGGACAGUCUGUGGCUGGGAAAGUGGUUGAUUGCUGGUGUAAUUGAUUCCCAAAGAUCCUGGUGUCCUGUUAUACCCAUGUUCAUAUCUACUCCUCCCUGUCUGCAGAAAGCUGUAGCCUAGCCUACCUUGUGGGCUAGUUCUACUGGCUGUUUCUCAUUGUACAAGUUUUACUGAGGGCAGAAUUGAUUGGCAUCCAUUGUGGCUUAUAUCCUUAAAAGUGACAUUAACUUACAAAGCAUCACUUCAAAAACACUGAAAUAUUCCUUUAAACAUGGAGCCUUAGCCAAUGGCUGAUAAGCUUGGCUUAGCAUAAAGGGGGAAGUGGGAGGGAAAAAAAGCCUUGAAUAAACAUUUCUAUUUUAUUAGCUUGUUGUUUAAAGCUCCUGUGAGGAAUUUGUAAACAUGCUUGAGUGCAUGUUUACAAUCUGUACCUCUUGUGCUUCCACAACAGCUUGUGAAAUCACACUCUAGGACACCCUUAUUACACCUUUUCUGGGUGCAGUAUGUUAAUUCAAAGAUUUGGUCUCUCUGAAUUUCUGGGCUGUUGCGGAGUUGCAGUGUGUAAGAGGUUUCUCUGGCAUGAAAAUGAUGAGUGAUGAAAAAAUGUUAGCAGCCUGCCGUUAUUGACACUCACCUUCAUGUUGCAUUCACAACAAGCACAAACAAAAUCAUUUUGCGCUGGUGAAUCACAUGUUACAUCAAUUAGACUUGGGUUCUACUCAGGUAAAGAGAAACACCUAUUUGCAGAGUUGAAAUAUCUGAACUCAAGCAAUGAUGUUCACAUCAUGAUAACCAAUCAGUGUGGAGAUACACACUGAUUGUAUGUAUGAUGUGUGUCAACAACAGACCAGCAGACAUUCAUUUAUGUGGAUAAAGGAGAAUUAACUGAUAAUGACAGUAUGAUGAGUCAUUUACCGAGUGAACAUGCUAAUUAAGUGAGUCCUUCACGUACAUUAUUUGCGCUUGAUAUUCUGAACACAAUAUCAGAGGUGAUUUCAAGCCUUUAUAAUCUCAAUAUCAAAAUGAUCAGUCUUGUUCCUGAUGGUCUGUUUGCCUUUAGAGCUCACAUAGAGGCAACAGCAUUAAUUUUACACUGUUAAAUUACAGGCUAAAAGUCCCUUUCAGGAGCUUUAACCUGUACAAAGCAGAAACAGACCAAUAUAGACUUAUCAUUUUGGGCUAAGGGCAGUUCUGGAGAACUUUGGUUUUUACACAUUUGAAUGCUGGACAAAGGCUGUCUGAGCAAAGCAAGGCUGCCUUUAUCUUGUGUGCUUAGCAAAAUGUCUUUUUGUUUUUCAUAUACAAACAUGAGUUAUAAUUCUUGUUGAGUUGUUAUGCCUGAGGACAAAUUAGCCCUUUUCUCGAAACCUUACUUAUUCUGUGCUUACAGCACAUUUCAUACAAAAAUUAUCACUGAAUGUAAAUCUAACCUGAAAACCUCACUUAGAUUUAAGCUCAUAGCCUUAAUGAAGUUUCCUUUUUUGUAUUUCAUGUUGCCCUUAUGAUGCCUUUUAUUUUUCUGAAGAGACUUUUAGAUUUCAUGAACUGUAGCAGGGGAAUAUGCAAAAACAAAAAUGUUAAGGUAUGUGAAUACCUUGCACUUCAGAAAAAAACCUGAGGGGCAUUUAAGUUAAAAGACUGUGUAAUACUGGUGUUUUAUCUAUGGCUUCAAAAAUAUGCACAAGAAGAAAUCAUGCAGCCUAUGACAAAAAAAAGAGUAUUUUUUACAAGCUGUAUUUUUAUGUUGUUGAUUAAUAAACACUGAUGUAUUUAUGAAUUUCCUUCAUUAGAUAAAAUGUUUAUGGGGGUUCUGAUGACAAAAAGGAACACUGUUCAAAAAAAUGUAUAGAUUUAGACAACAUUUUCAUCUGUUUGAGCAGACAGAGUGUUGAAAAGCAAUGGUGCUGGGGUUACUACAGUUUCAGUCAAGUGAAGUUUAUUUAUAAAGCACCUUUAAGAAGACAGCAGUCAGUCAAAGUGAUGUUCGUAGGAUAAAUAAAAGAAGUAAAUAAAUAGAUAACAAUAAAACAAUUAAAUUAAAAACAGUGGAAUAAAAUACAGACAGUAACAUAAUAAAAGCUACAGUUUUAGGGAAUAAAUACUCACUCAGCUCCAUUCAUCUAAAAUCAUCCUGAUGUCAUUUACAACUUUAAGAGGGUCGGUCUCUGUGCUGUGGUAUGCCCUUUAGCCUUAUUGGAGUUUUUCUAAAAUGUUGUUGCUUAGCGAAUCCUAACCCAAGAAGUUGAUUAAGACCAGAUUCUCUAAAUUAAAAAUAAAACAUUGAUAAAAAUGUUACCUCAUAACAGAAAUCAUGAUUAUCACAUUGUUUUCAAUUGUGCUGUGGGAUUAGAAAAUGUCUGUUGAUAAGUGAGGAUUAAUAAAACAACAAAGAUGAGUCUAUCAUACAUUAAUAAGGCACCAUCUAAAAGAUAAAGUUGAGGCGUAAUAAUCAUUUUGUUUUACCAUUUGUAUCAUUUUCCUGCACACUUUAGGAGACUGCUUGUGAAACAAACAAACAAACAAAAAAAAAUUUGUAUAUAUUAUAUACGUCUUAGAGAAUUCACUGUACAAAAUAUAUUUCUAUGCAUAUUUGAGUAUAUGUUUUUGCAUACAAGGACUUUAAGUAAAUUUUGGAGGCUUAAAUUUAAAAAAGGUAUAACAAACCAGUAAUAACACACUAACCUAAAUGAACACACAAUUGUGAAAGUCUUGUCAUAAGCUAUACAACUAAAUAAACAUUGGAAAAAAAAUGAAUUUCUUAUUUUCCCACCACAUCUCUAUUGGGAUGAUGCAUCAUCAUAAACAGAAUUUGAAACUGCUUUCCAUUAAAGCCAUUUCAACUUUA